UUAUGUCUGUUUUCAUUGUUGAUAUAAACAAUUAUAAAACUAUGGAUGAUAAACAGCCUUAAAGACUCGUAUUGUUCUAUCCAGCAAUGUGAUUGGUGGACGGUAACCUGCAUUCGCCAAUCCAGUAGCAUCAAAGUUGAGACGUCAAAAGUCAAUAGGGUACUAACGUCACAUAAUAUACAUAAACAAGGCUGAAUAGAAUUUGUGAAGAAUCUAGUGAAGGUUUCAGAUUUAAUAUAUGUUCUAUAAAAAUACAAUCGGAAUUAGGUUCUAUCAAUUAUUGCAUGAUGCCUGUUGACAUUAAUCGAUUAACAGAAGGUUGGCUAGAACUCGAAAGUGAUCCAGGAUUGUUUACACUUUUGUUAGAAGACUUCGGUGUUAAAGGUGUACAAGUUGAAGAAAUAUAUGACUUACAAAAAUCUUUGGAAGGUCCUGUUUAUGGCUUUAUAUUCUUAUUUCGUUGGAUAGAAGAGAGACGUUCAAGACGUAAAGUUGUAGAACAGACCGAAAGUUUUGUGAAAGAUGAAGAUAUUGUGAAUAACAUAUUUUUUGCACAACAGGUUGUCCCUAAUAGCUGUGCAACACAUGCGUUACUCUCUGUUUUAUUGAAUUGUCCAAAUAUUCAUUUGGGUACUACUUUAUCGCGUUUAAAAUUGCAUACAUCUGGUAUGUGUCCAGAAAAUAAAGGAUGGGCAAUAGGUAACACACCAGAAUUAGCUUGUGCUCAUAAUUCGCAUGCUAUGCCACAAGCUAAAAGACGCCAAGAUAAAAAUACUGGAGUUUCAACUGGUAGAUUUACUGGUGAAGCAUUUCACUUUGUAAGUUAUGUACCAAUAAAUGGUAGACUCUUUGAAUUGGAUGGUUUAAAACCAUAUCCUAUGGAUCAUGGACCAUGGAAAGAACAUGAAGAAUGGACAGAACAAUUUAGAAGAGUUAUAACAGAUCGUUUAGGAAUGGCAACAGGAGAACAAUUACAAGAUAUAAGAUUUAAUUUAAUGGCUGUUGUUCCUGAUCGUCGUUUAGCUAUUUCACAUAAAUUAACUAUGUUGAAAACUAAUAGACAAAUAGUUUUAGAAGCAUUGCAACAACUUGUAAAGUUAAGCCAUCAAGAUAAUGGAACAGAGAAAACAACAAAUGAUGCUGAGAAAAUAGAAAAAUCAUGUGAUAGAAAAAAUAAGGUAGAUGAAGAAAAUCUAUUACCCAAUAAAACAGAAAGAGAUGAAUCUUCAACUCCGUCUAUUGAAAGAAAUAAUGAUGCUACAAUUGAUAUUGAAGAAUCAACUUCAAAUAUUGGUACUGCUAAAAUUGAAUCCAGUGUGGAAAAGGUAGUGAUGUGUGCUUUAGAUUAUGCUACUCCGCUUCGAAUCCAGACUUCACCAGCCCAUAGUUCAUCAAGUACUGAUACGUCUUCUGAAAUUGGAUCUGCAUUUAAUUCACCCACUCAAGCUUGGGGCUGGAAUUCAGGUCAGAGUAGUCCAACAUCGACGAAAGAUUUUAAAAAAUUUGUUGUUAUCAGAGUGGCUGGAGAUGAAAAGAACGAAGCAGGUCGUUCCCUUGGUAAUAUUAAUAUAAACGGAAAGAGACUGGUUUCAGACAGCGGACAUUUACAUAAGAAAGUCUGUUUAUCCGGAGAAGUAAGAAUACCACAUGCGCGUGUAAAAACCAGCAAUGGUGAUACGGUAACGGAAGAAAAAAAAGUUGAAAAAAUAGAUCCAAAAUUAUGUUCGAAAUAUCCGGAACUUUUUGAGCCGCAUACAUUCGCUCCGAAAGAUCUCUUAGCGUUAUUGAAAAAUUUAGAACAUGAGAUAAAUACUUGCGAGACUAGUUUGAAAGAUGAAAACGAUAAAAGAAAUAAGUAUAAAAUCGAUGAUUGCCGAAGGACGCAUAAUUAUGACGAAUUUAUUUGUACUUUUCUUUCCAUGCUAGCACAGCAAGGCAAAUUAGCUGAAUUGGUUCAGCAACAUCUUACUUUAAAGAAACAUACAUCCGUAUCAGUGAGUAGAGUUCACAGGUCUUCGAAGAAAGCUGAUACUCGUACUAAUUCCUCGCGUCGACGUCGUGGUAGAACUAAAUGUAAAAAACGAAAGUAAUCGAUAUCGAGGUGAUAAAAUAUUAAGGACAUGACAUUUAUUAAGUACAAUAUUUGCUGUUUAUUAUGAAGAUUUUUUUUUCAUGUAGUUCUUAAAACACGCAGAAAAAUUAGAUCUCUCAACGAGAAGAAAUUUAACAUUCAUAAUGUUCCUUUAUAUUAUAUGUAUUGCUAAGCUGUUAUUCUCUAAUUUAAAAAUUUUCAUACGAAACAUUAUGAAUGUUCGUUUUUAAUAAUUUCAUUUCGUUUAAUCAUUCAUAAAAAGUUUUAUGCUUUACGAACGAUAAUUUAUUAUAUUUGAUAUAUUGUAUACAGAUUAAUAUAUUAGCAAUAUUUGUGUUUAUCAAUUUCGCACGUACAAUAUAUGGUACUUAAGUACCUUCUUAAUAUUCAUAUUUGACGAGUUUAUAUCAAUUUUUAUUUUAUUUUAUCAGUAUAUCAUUUAAAACUAAUCGAAAUAUACGGCUUGAUAUUAGCGGAAUAUAAUAAAUAAUUAAAAAUUAACGGAACAGAAUUAAUAGUUAAUAUAUAAUUCAUAUAUAAAAUAAUGAAAGAAAUUAUAUCACGCAAAAUGCUAUUUGUUCUUUGCACGCGCAGAAACGUUGACGAUUUAUAUUAUAUAUUAUACUAUUUCUGGUUAUCAAUAUAUAUAUAUAAUUAUUUAAAAUAAACGAUUAAUAAAAAACAUUACAUAGAGAGAGACUGGACAGGAAAACUUGAGUAAAAAAUAUAAAAUACUUUACUAAAAAUAACGAGAAAAAUAAAAAUAAAACCAAAAUAAAAGAUUCGUUACAUAAAAAAAAAAGAAAGAAAAAAAAGAAAAGAAAAAAAAGAAAAUACUCGUAAACUGAAAGAAUAAGAUUAUUAAUGUAAAAUAAUGUAUAUGUGAUAGAUAUAAGAAUGGAAUCGUGCAGUUAUCGUCGCUUAAACGACAUAGAAAAUAUAAAGAUAUAAAAAUAGGCAAAAAGUGAAUUUCGUCAAAAUAUGUAUAACAAAGAAUAAAGGAUUAAAGAGUUA